AUGGAACCCCUCCGAACAGCCCCCGAAUCCUCCUCGUUCGUCCUCCUCGCCGACCACCAGGCGCGCACGCCCGCCUCCUUCCACGACGGUCCCGCCGUGCUCCACUACCACAGCAAGCAAUGCAAGCUGUCCAUCCUCGAAACCGACCUGGCCGCGUCGCCGCUGAGCGCGCUCCGUCCAGCUACCGCCGCGAACACCGCCAAUGGAUCCACCGAUGAUGAGCCCCGCGAGGUGGUCGUCGACGGCGUCGACGUGUGGGUGACAUCCGAUAAAUUCCUCCUAUACAACCCCACCCUCGCUGCUGGCGUCUCCAUCCCCUACCCCUCCAUCUCCUUGCACGCCAUCCAGCGUCUCCGCCUCCCCGACGCCCCGGACACAGAGGUCCAGGGGCUGUACAUGCAGAUCGCGACGCCCUGCGCGCCCAGCUCAGCCGACGAGGAGGAAGAGUGUCUUACGAUGACGGUCGUCCCGCCGCCCGCGCCGGCCGUGGAGGCGACGCCCGCCGACGCCGAAGCCGACGGCGACAAGGAAACCGAAUCCCCCACGCAGAAGCUCUACGCCGCCGUGUCUGCCUGCGCGAACCUGCACCCCGACCCCAUGUCCGAGGAUGAGGACGAGAACGGCGAUGCCGGCGACGCGCUCUUCGCGUCUGGUGUUGUCGCUGCGGGUAGUGCGGACGGCGGACUGCCACCGCCGGUGGAUGGGAGCUCCGGGUGGAUCACGGCGGAGAAUAUGCAUGAAUAUUUUGAUGAGGAGGGGAAUUGGAUUGCUGGUGGGGAGGAGCCGAGUCUGCCGCUUGGUCCUGGGGCGGGGACCGUGCGGGCUCGCGAGGGAGAGGCUGACGAGGGACAGGAGGAUGAAGCUAAGUGGCGGAGGACGGAUUGA